GCCUUCUCGUUACAUAGUAAAGCUCCAAACAUCCAAAGUCACGACUUUACUCAAUUGACGCGACCAUAGAAUGACCAACUUCCCUUGACUAGCUUGAAUUCGGUCAAUUGCAAUAGUCGACCGUCUUUCUUUCACUGAGGUGAUCGCAAUGCGUCUCUCUCAGUUAUUCCUCCUAGGCCUUCUGGCCAUUGCAUCCGCACAAGAGCACCUUAAUCUCUGGGACUACGGAGUGACAGGAAGCAUCCUCGGAAACUCAUUUGGCAUUCCCGGAACAAAUGCGACCUUUGACUACGUCGUUGUCGGCGGUGGAAACGCCGGUUUAACAAUCGCCAGCCGACUCGCAGAGAGCAAAUCGGCCAGCGUCGCGGUCGUCGAGGCCGGUGGCUUCAACGAGAUCGAUAACGGCAAUUACUCCGUCGUUCCUGGGUAUUCAUCCCAGUUUACCGGAUCUAAGCCUAAUUCGUAUAACCCGCUCAUUGAUUGGGGAUUUAGCACGGAAUCGCAGCAGGCUUUGGGUGGCCGGAAGCUGCACUAUGCGCGUGGGAAGACGCUGGGAGGAUGUUCGGCUAGGAAUUUCAUGCUUUAUCAUCGGCCUACAGUUGACAGUAUGCAACGGUGGGCGGAUGAGGUAGACGACCAGAGUUAUACGUUUGAUAACUUACUUCCAUACUACAAGAAGACUUGCCAUUAUACGCCCCCGAAUCAGGAGCUCUACACCAAUUCCACGAACAGCCAAACGGCAGAUGCAUUCAGUUCCUCCGGAGGUCCGCUAGAAGUCUCAUUCAGCAAUGCCGUCGACGCGUUUGGUACCUGGGUUCGCAAGGCCUUCAUCGCAGUGGGCAUGGGUCAAAUCAACGGUUUCAACAGUGGCAGAUUGCUAGGCUCAGCAUAUGCAACCUUUACUAUCAACCCCGAGAACGCGCACCGCUCGACCUCUGAAUCCAGCUUCCUUAAGAAAUCCCUCAACAAUGGCUCCAACCUAGUAGUUUACAAAAACACCCUAGCCCAGAAGAUUCUCUUCGACUCGACCAAAACUGCAGCAGGAGUUCAAGUCGCAACAGGAGGCACAUUCGGCACACCACCCAUCAACUUCACCCUCAACGCUCGCAGCGAAGUUAUCCUCUCCGCGGGCGCUCUACAAUCCCCUCAACUCCUCAUGGUCUCCGGAAUCGGACCAUGCGAGCACCUCUCCAAGUUCGGAAUCCCCUGUCUCUCCAACCUCUCAGGUGUCGGCCAGAACAUGCUCGACCACCCAGUAUUCGGCACCGCGCAUCGCGUCAAUGUCCUCACAAACUCCGCAUCAGAAAAUAACAAGACUCUCGCUGCUGAAAACGCAAACAAAUUUCUUCAACAUGCCACAGGCCCACUUUCCAUCUUCGGUCCGGGUUACUACGGCUGGGAGAAGCUUCCAGAGCCCUACCGCUCCAAUCUCUCCAACACAUCCAUCACUGCACUAGCAACCUUCCCCCCGGACUGGCCCGAGCUCGAAUACCUCCCCGUCGCCGCCUUCAACGGCGAUAAUCAAGUCAAGCAGCCAGUCGACCCGCUCGACGGCCACAACUACGCAACUCUGAACAUCGCUCUUGUUGCGCCUCUCUCCCGCGGAACUGUCUCCCUCUCCGGGCCCAAUAUGACAACACCGCCCCUUAUCGACCCGAGCUGGCUCUCCCACCCGGCAGACAUGGAUCUAGCCGUGCAAUCGUUCAAACGUACACGGGAGAUCUGGUCCAUCCUGUCGAAGAUGGGCGUUGCGGAAUCCGUCGAGUACUACCCGGGUGCUAACGUGACGAGCGAUGCGCAGAUACGCGAGUUUGUGAAGGAGAGUACGAGGCCUGUGUUCCAUGCGGCUUGUACGUGUAAGAUGGGGAAGAAGAGGGAUAGCAUGGCUGUUGUGGAUAGUUCUGCCCGUGUGUAUGGGGUGCAGGGAGUGAGGGUUGUUGAUGCGAGUAGUUUUCCGUUGUUACCGCCGGGACAUCCGCAGUCGACGGUUUAUGCGUUGGCGGAGAAGAUUGCGGAUGAUAUUUUGGGUUGAUUUUGUUGGUUAUGAUGAAUGAUGUUUUUAUGUAGCGUGUUUGCCAAGCUCAUAGGUCUGGAUAGUGAUAGUUAUGAAAUGCUUGAAUCUCACUUGGUGCUGGAACUUGGAUGAGAGUAGACAGAAAAUCCAUUAUAGAUACAUGCGCAAUCAACCUAUCUGUACAUAGCAUGCCCAGCCCCAAGGACAGGAGGACAGUAACCCAUCAUUGAACGUGACUUUUCCUUAAAAAAACCAUUCUCCUUUUCAACAUGUCCGUGAAAUACUCUAGAGCUCACAAAUCACGACUUAACCUCCAGCGUUGCCUGGUCUUGACCCUCAACAACAACAGCCCCCUCCUUUACCAACUCCU